GGCAUUACCACCAGAUCUAAGUUGCUUGAAGUACCUUAUUUUUAUUUUGACCCUUGUAACCAGUUAGUUCAAGAUGUCAUGCAGGUAUUUUUGGAAGGAGUAUCAGCUUAUGAAAUCAAACUUCUGCUGAACUACUUCAUCAACAAGAAGGCAUUUGGAUUUGAAGUUUCAAACAAGGAAAUGUAGCAAUUUGCUUAUGGAUAUUGAACUAUCAAAAAUUAACCUUCAGUUAUCUGAGAUAGAGACUUGAGAAAAUCAGUCUCCACUAAUCUAGGUAAAACUGCUUCUAAAAUGUGGGUUCUUUCAACUGUUGCCUUUCAUCUUAGCUAAAAUGGUUGAUAAAAAUUCAGAUAGAUGGAGAUAAUUCAUUUCAAUCGUUGAAAUUAUGUCAAUUUGCUAAAUGCCCAUUAGAUUUCCUUGAGAACUGUAGUGUAUUUAAAACAAUUCAUCAAGGGGCAUCUUUGCUUAAUUAAAUGUCUUUAUGCAAACACUGCAAAUAUUAUACAUAAACAUGAUUUACCUUAUUCACUUGCCAUCUUUGAUUUUGAAAUUUGGGCCUCUAAUUCGUGCCUGAUGUAUGUGUUUUGAAGCCAAGCAUGCAUAUUUUAAAGAUCAGGCAAAAAUUAUUGAAAAACAUUAAGAAUCUUUCAUUGUCAUUAUCAAAGAGGUACCUUUCUUCCCUGUGUGCUGACUACAUUUUGUUUAAUAAAGAAGGUCUAGGGCCCCAUUUUUGGAGAUGAAAUGUCAUUUGGCAAGACCAGUGGGCUAUUUGGUGAGGAAGUAGAGAGUGCAACAAUGUAUAUACAAAGGUGUAAUGGAACUGGUGGUCUUCAUGACGUCCAAAGAUUAUUUUCUUUAGGCUCAGUUCAAGUUCAUGGCACGCUUUUUAAGCCUGAUAAGAAUUCGUUACUAACCUUUGGUUGUCAGAAUGGGUUACCAGUGUUUGGCAGAAUAAUAAAAAAUCGGGUGUAUUCCUAA